AUGCAGGCCUAUCUUCAGUAUCGACGCAUCGGCCACGCCGUGCGCAGGCAGCUCGAAGAAGAGUAUCCGGGCUUUUCCCGAGCCGAGAAGACCGAUGAAUUGACCGGCGGCGAUGUCCCGAGCAACAACGCCCAGCGGCACCCCCCGGACCUUCAAUUACCCGGGGUGCAGCUGAAGGAGAUUGUCGACGACGAUGGAACCACCUCCUCCGUUCUCCUCGUCGAAUGGGAACAUGACCACGACCCCAUCAACCCACGCAACUACAGCCGCGGCGCGCGGAUCUCGGCGACCCUGCUCGUGACGGCGCUGGCGUUUGCCGUGGGAUGUGCGUCGUCGAUUGAGUCGGGGGUGAUGCCUCAGAAUGCCGCGGCGUUCCAUGUCAGUGAUGUCGUCGCCUCUCUGGCCACGGGCAUGUACCUGCUUGGGUUCGCUGCGGGCUCCAUGGUGUCUGGCCCCCUGUCCGAGGUCGUCGGCCGCAAUGCCGUGUACACGGGGUCUCUGACCCUGUUCAUGAUCUUCAUCAUGGCCUCUGGGCUGGCGCCGAACAUCGGGGCGCAGAUCGUGUUUCGGUUUCUGGCCGGCGUGUUUGGCUGUCCUCCGUUGACCUGCGCCGGAGGGACCAUCGCUGAUCUGUGGAAUCCGUUGGAAAAGACACUCACGUUCCCUCUGUAUGCGAUCCUGUCGUUUGGCGGGCCGGUGCUCGGUCCGGUGAUCGCAUCGUACAUGGGCGAGGGCACGCUCUCCUGGCGGUGGACCAACUGGAUCAUCCUGAUCAUGUCCGGAUUCAUUUUUGCAUUGAUCCUGCUGUUGCAGCCGGAGACGUAUGGCCCCAUGCUGCUCAAAUGGAAGGCGCGUCAUCUCCGGAACCUCACGGGGGAUCCGCGUUACAAGUCCUCCAUGGAUCUCCAGAAGACCGCGCUGCUCUCCCGAAUCAGCGGCGCAUGCAUCCGACAAUUCAGUCUCACCAUCCACGAGCCCAUCAUCCUGUUGAUCUCCCUCUACAUGACCGUGAUCUACAUCGUGCUGUUCACCUUCUUCGAUGGGUACACCUACAUCUUCUCCGACAUCCACGGCCUCUCGCAGGGCCUCACCAACAUCGUCUGGGUCGCGAUGUACGUCGGGAUCGUCUGCGCGGGGCUGUUCCAGCCCGCACCCACCGCGGACGAGACGGUCCCCCAGAAGCCUCACCACCAUCACCACGCCCCGCGCCCCGAAAACCGGCUCUGGUUCGCCAUGAUCGGCAGCCCGUUCAUCCCGCUCAGCCUCUUCUGGAUGGGCUGGACCUCGUACGCCAGCGUGUCGGUGUGGUCGCCCAUCGUGGCCUCGGCCGUGUUCGGCUUCGGCACCAUCACCGUCUUCAUUUCGUCGUACAUGUACGUCAUCGACGCGUACGACAUCUACGCCGCGUCGGCGCUGGGCUUCAUGACGGUCUCGCGCUACUGCGCCGCCGGCGGGAUGACCGUGGUGGGCGUGCCGUUCUACCAGAACAUGGGCGUGCACUGGACGCUGACGAUCCUGGGGGCCAUCAGUGCGCUGAUGGUGCCCGUGCCGUAUGGGUUCUAUCGGUGGGGAGUGAAGAUCCGUGGGUGGAGUCGGUUUGCGGUCUAG